AUGUACAGUACAAUAUUACAACACUGAAACAUAAUUUUAAAAUGAAUUAAAAUGAUUCAGCAUGUAAUAAUCUAAUUCAAAGUUCACUGAUCUUUCUCUUAUCAUUUCAAAUGCAGAUCUAUGACUGAAGCACACAGGCUCUGCUCAUAACUGUCCUUAUCAAACAGGGAAGCAUAAACGUAGCUUCUCUAUGCCCCCUAAUCUUUCGAAGGAACCAUACGGCCGCCAGAAGCGUGUCUGCGCGGAGGGGGGGACUUUGAGAGUGGAGUGACUGGCAACCCUCGUCAGCACACAAUAGACAGCCCGCACCUUCUGGAGCAGAUGUGGGAGAAACAGUCUCUGACUGACCGGUAAGUUGCCUCUGGCAGCAGUAUAGUUUUACGCUUCGGAUGAACAAGGAGGUGUUGGCAGAUCCAGAUAUUAAUAAAUCACUCCAUGGGGAUACACAGAGGACCAUCAUUUACCUGCGCUGACCUUCCUCUUCCCCUCCCCUCUUCCCUUUUCACUCACUGGGAAAACAUGACUUAUGAUUUGCCCAAGCAAGGCCAUAUAUGGAUUUGUACUGACUACAGCAGGCGGUAAACCUCUCACUAAAGUAUAUGGAGCAACAUGACUUCUGCUUUAACUGCUGGUUAAUGUAUUGUUAUCAGAAGCUUUGGUUGAAUGUAUGUGGAUUAUGAAAGAUCCAUCUGGAUAUUUUGAGCAGAGACAGAAAAGUAGGGCUUGGAAGGAGUGUUGUUGUUGGGAACAGAAGUAGAGCCACAUCUCUGGAUUAGUUGGAUUCCACCACCACAGCUGCCUUUAUGCAGGUGGAAAUGGCACCCAAGAACGCCGACUCAGAGGCUGUACGAGUGUUGGACAUGACGGUAGUGCCUGCUAAGGGUCAGAGUGGUAAGACGAGCAGAGAAAGAGAUGUGGAGGUUUCAGAAGAGUCGGCCAGUGAGGGUUCUGUGGACCACAUCCCAAAGCGCCUAUGGGUUAUGCAUGGAGCUGUCAUGUUUGGCCGUGAGUUCUGCUAUGCCAUGGAAACAGCGCUGGUCACACCUGUGCUGCUGCAAAUAGGUCUUCCAGAGCAGUACUACAGCCUUACAUGGUUCCUUAGCCCCAUUUUGGGUUUAAUCCUCACCCCUCUGAUUGGCUCAGCAAGUGACCGCUGUACCCUCAGAUGGGGUCGGAGGAGGCCUUUCAUUCUAGCUCUUUGUGUAGGGGUGUUGAUAGGUGUGGCACUGUUUCUCAACGGAUCUCUAGUGGGCCUGGCUGUUGGAGAUGUUCCUGGUAACCAGCCCAUUGGAAUAGUUCUUACAGUGCUGGGUGUCGUGGUACUGGACUUUUGUGCUGAUGCUUCGGAGGGACCAAUCAGAGCCUACCUGCUGGAUGUAGCUGAUACAGAAGAGCAGGACAUGGCUCUCAAUAUUCAUGCCUUUUCUGCAGGGUUGGGGGGAGCUGUGGGCUACAUGCUUGGAGGUCUGGACUGGACAAACACCAUCUUGGGUCGUGCAUUCAAGGCCCAAGAGCAAGUGCUCUUCUUCUUUGCAGCCAUCAUCUUUGUAAUUUCUGUGACACUUCACCUUUUUAGCAUUAAGGAGUGUCCAUACAGCCCCCAUCAGCAGGAGGCACUUGAGGCCGAAGAUGCAGAGAGCUCCUUGGCUGUUCAACUUAAUGGAACCCUUCCUUGCACUCGCCUAAUGCCUCACCUGGACCUUAUUGAUGAGGAAGGACCUUUUGAAUCCUUUGAGGACAAUCAGUCUGAGAGACAAGUCCAAAUAGACUUCCUAAAUGUACGGAGUAAAAGUGACUCCGUUCUUGCUGUACCAGACACUACCAUUGAACUUGACCCAGACUUAGCAAUAGACCUUGAUAGUCACUUUCUCAGUGACAUAGAACCAACUUUGUUCCAGGAUUUGAAGGCCGCCCAUGAGAAUGAAAGGCCAUUCGAUCAUUGCCACAACAGCACUUGCCACACUAGCCAGUGCUCCGAUCCUUCAGUCCACCAGGUAGCUCCUUGUAAGGAUGAAUGUCCCUUUUCGACUGCCAAAGCCAUCAAUGGUGACAUUGCUGGAGCCAGCAACCCAGCAAUUGUUACAGUGGGUACCUCAAGCCACCAAAACAAAGCUGGCGGGCGUCAUUUCAACACCAGCACAACAGUGCGUUGCCGACACCCCUCCUUCUACCGGCAACCUUCCUUUACCUUCUCUUACCAUGGGCGGGUGGGCUUCCUGCGGCCUCGUCGCUGUGGCAACAUAGCACACCCAAUCAAGUCAUCACGAAGCCUGAAUGACAUUGAUACAUUAGCAAGGCGGCAAGAGAGACGGAAGCUGCAGCAGAGUGGUAGCGCAUCAUCAGGGCCUGAUGAGGAAGAUGGAGAGAGUGAGGAAGGAGAAAGUGGUACGACGGUAAAGUUGCUGUGGCUCUCCAUGCUGAAGAUGCCUCCACAGCUCUGGCGGCUGUGUGUGUGCCAUCUCCUCACAUGGUUCUCCAUCAUUGCUCAGGCUGUUUUCUACACUGACUUCAUGGGGCAGGUCAUCUAUGAAGGAGAUCCAACAGCGGCUGCAAACUCAACCGCUCUUCAGAACUACCAUAAGGGUGUGCAGAUGGGUUGCUGGGGGCUAGUUAUCUAUGCUGCCACUGCUGCCAUCUGCUCAGCUGUGCUUCAGAAGUACCUUGACAACUAUGACCUGAGCAUUAAGAUCAUCUACAUGCUGGGAACUCUAGGCUUUGCUGUGGGCACAGGUGUAAUGGCCAUCUUUCCCAAUGUGUAUGUUGCCAUGAUAAUGAUAAGCACCAUGGGCAUCAUCUCUAUGAGUAUUUCAUACUGUCCUUAUGCUCUUCUGGGGCAGUACCAUGAAAUCAAAGAGUACAUUCGCCACAGUCCAGGCAACUCUCGCCGAGGCUUUGGUAUCGACUGUGCCAUCCUGUCAUGCCAGGUUUACAUUUCUCAGAUUUUGGUGGCAUCAGCUCUUGGUGCAGUUGUGGAAGCUGUAGGCACAGUGAGGGUCAUCCCAAUGGUGGCUUCAGGGGGCUCCUUUCUGGGCUUCCUCACUGCUGCCUUCCUUGUCAUUUACCCUGAAACCCCUGAUGAUGAAGAAGAUGAUGAUGAACAAGCUUUGAGCUCAGUGUGAGCACCUUCGUGGAAAAAUGGAAGUCACACUAAACAUGCAGUGAAAUGCAAAAUGCCAAAGUUAAGGAACUUUGCCUACACACUGCAGGUUGAAUCCUAAAGUUCAUUCUUUGACGGUGAAUUAAAUGGUGAGCUGCAACUCUCAGAUUGCACCGCUCAUAAGUAGUAGUUGUGGACUUGAGGAAAGACCGUGUUACCAACCAAUUUGCCAAACGCUCUCCAUUAGUAUGUUAGUGAUGACCUUAUGCAGGGACCUGCAGCACACACCGAAUGUAUAUCUGUUAAAAUGGUACUGAAACCGUUGCAUUUUGAGUCAGUUGUAUUACUUCUGGCAAAAUAUUUCUUUUGACUGAAUGGUACAACGUUUCCAUUUUCCACAUGAUGAUGGUAUCGCAGAUACAUUUCUUUUUCCAUAUAAGCUCACUGGAAAAAAAAAUUGGUUGCGUGCAUAAUUUCUUUUUUAAUACUUGCUUACCUGUCGCUUUUCCCUAAUAGCAGUGGGAGCCUCACUGAUGUGUUUUGCUCGGGCAUUAAGUACUAAGGUAGUGGAAUAGUGGACCAAAGUGGACAGGAAUCUCAAGGCACUGGUGGAAUCUCUUGCCAACAGAAUUGGUAGGAUGUUUAAACAAAUAUUGAAGAAGAAAUUAUGCAUGUGGCUGAUUUUUUGUCCGAAUAUCUUAAUUUUGAAACCUCAGGUGCAAUUUACCAGUUUUACAUAACUACAGUUAACAUGUUUUAACAUAGUUAUUGCCAGAAAAACAAACAAACAAGAACACAGGAGCCGUAAUUCACUAAUUUUGUACCGUGCCAUGAUACUUUACUGUGAUGUUUGCACAAUUAUUUUUCUUUGUAUUUUCACUAUGCUGGAUUUGUGCUUGAAAAAGGAGCACUCAGGGGAUUAUGUUUUAGCUGCUGCAGCUGAGCAUGACAAGCUUACUUCUCUAAAGUCUUAAGCAUUUAUAAUAAAAAUAAUAAAAAAAUAUAUAUAUAAACAUGAUAAAUCAAGCUUUUCUUAGUAUAGAAUUGAGUGCUGUAUUUUGUACACAGUUGCCUAAAUGAAGUACUUUCUUGUGGCAUGCGCAUUAAGAAUGGUCUUUGGUGAAAGUGAGAAACCUCAGAGGCCUUAAUAAUCACAGGAAACAUUUAACUACUUUCUUACUGUUAAUCUUACAUAUUACUACUUUUUCUUACUCUGUUUUGAUACCAUGUCCUAAAAUUAACCUUACAGAUGGCUUUUAGCCAGACUGGGUCUGUCCUCAGAAGCACUGCAGUUUCAGCAGUGUGUGUCUGUUGGCCAUGAUGGGUGCAGGGUCUGUAUAGCAGCUGAUCUAAGACCACUUUUGUUGGGCCCUCUAAGAAAUGGUGUAAGUGACAGUUGAGGUCUUAGACCGUCUCUUAAAAGUAGCCCACAGAACCUACACCACAGACUGGGCUGACUGAUAGCAGCCCAUUCUGCCAUUGAUACAAAUCAUAACAGUGUUAUUGUGGCAUUGAGACUUGGCUGAGCUUUUUUAUUUAUCUAUUAUUUUUAAUGUAUUUGUUUUAUUAAAGCCUUUUUCAGGUACUCUCAGAAUCUUGCCAGCAGCACUUGAAUUUUGGCAUUUUUUUUUAAAUCGUAAAACGUACAGAGGAAAUCAGAUAAGUGAUUCUGCAUCUUUCUUUUUUUUUUCUUUUUUUUAAAUUUACUGAGGCAUUCAGCAUUCUGUUAUAUUUAGAAAUGCUGCGUGGUACUGCUGUGACUUUUUGUUACUGUGUGGACCAAACAAGCUGGUUUACAGUUUCAAGGUGUUUUAUUUCUCAUAAUUUGUACAACAGUUUGGAUACAAAACAAAGAUUUAUGCUAACCU